AUGACUGCAGUAACAGCUGAGCAAUUAACGGCAAUUCUUGAAUCUAAAUUGGAAGAGAAGCUUGCUCCUUUGAAUUCGACUAUAAUCGAACUAAAGUCUCAGGUAGCUGAUGUUCUAAAGCACGCUAAUUUUAUCGAUGAAAAGUAUGAAGAGAUGCGAUGUAAAGUGGAAAAUUAUGAGAAGAAACUAAAGGAGGUAAAUGACAAGAACAAAAUACUUAAAACUUCAGUUAGAGCUCUGGAAGAAAACUUUUCUUUGCUGUCUGACUCAUAUAAUGACUUAGAACAAUACAGUAGAAGAGAAUGUGUGGAAAUUAGAGGAAUACCGACACCAGAAAACUUAAAUGAAGAAUCAACGAACCAAAUUACAAUAGAUAUUGGUAAAUUAAUUGGUAUAGAUAUUGCACCCGAAGACAUUUCAGUGAGUCAUCGCCUUUCCACUAGGAGAAAUGCUGUACCUGGUCGACCAAUGCCUAUAAUAGUGAAGUUUGUGAGAAGGGAUACCAAGGCUCAGUUCUACGGCAGCAGGAAAUUAUUGCAAUAUAAAUCAACUCUGGACCUGGGGUUUGAUGUGGAAAAUAAGAUCUAUAUCUCAGAGAGUCUAACAGAUAAAAAUAAAGAUUUAUUUUACUGCUGUUUCAAAGUGAAGAAAGAAUUGAAUUAUAAGUACCUCUGGACCUCAAAUGGAAGGAUCUUCUUUAGAAAAGAUAUGGACAGCAAACCACUCCAGAUUAAAGACAAGUAUUACCUUGAAAAGCUUAA